AUCCAAAUAUCCCUCCUCACAAGCUAUCAUAGUAGGCACUGUGAUGGUCAAGAAUACGAUGCGAUUAUUAAAAGAAGGCAGCCCUACAUGACUUUACAUCGAACAAGACACUUUCCUCAAGGUGCCUCCAUUUUAAGCGUUGCGCGAAAGCCCCCCGGUUCUUUUCUCCGCAGCCCACGCGACACGACGCGUUGACAUGCUCGCAACCGGUUCUCUUUAUUUUUUUAGCCAUCUACGAGCUCGAUAUCGAUCGUAACACGGGGAUUACAUUGAUCUAAUCAAAAUGCGCCGUCGCUCCUUGUUCUUGUCUGACUCCGAAGGAGAGUCUGAGCCCGAACAAGCGGCCCGAACAGUUCCCUCGGACGAUGUCAUAGAGACGACUCUACGCCGCAUGGUCUUCGAUGUUUGGAGUACAGGGAAAUUUGAGGAACUAACGGUGCGCAGAAUUCGAGGGAAAGCCGAGAAAGUCUUGGGUCUUGAUGAGGGGUUUUUCAAAGGUGACGAGCGGUGGAAGGUUCAGAGUGAUCAGAUCAUUAAGGAUGAAGUGGCUGUGCAAGAAGAAACUGCCCACGCCGAAGCAGACCGGGUUCAAAAGAAGCCUUCUCCAGUUCCAGAGAAAACACGACCCGCCAAACGGACAAAAGCCGAAGCGCCUUCUAAACCUAGAAAGCGUCCGAAGACGAGCUUUCCGGGGAGCGAGGAGUACGAAACGUCAGAAUCGCCGGGCUACAAGAGUGAAGGAGCUACCGAGAAGGCAAUGAGGAACAAACCCAAGUUGGCUCCAGAAAAAAUGAAGAAGACAGUCUCGUCCGAUUCCGAAGAAGUCUAUAAUGUGAAGGAGGAGGAGGAGGAAGAAGAAGAAGAAGAAGACGAAGAGACAAAACCAUCCGUGAAAGCAGAUGCAUCAGAGAGUGAGAUGUCGGUUGUGCUAGAUGAGGCCCCAAAUCCCAGUCGCAAACGCCAAACGAGCACCGAGACCUCACGAAAAGGGAGGAAAAAGAAUAUGGGGAAAGGAAAGGAUGCAGACCUAGACCCUAACCAAGCAGAGAUCAAACGCUUGCAAGGUUGGCUGGUCAAAUGCGGAAUCCGCAAAAUGUGGUCGCGAGAGUUAGCUCCAUACCUGACACCCAAAGAAAAAAUAAGGCAUCUAAAGGCCAUGUUGAAAGAUGCAGGAAUGGAAGGUCGGCCUUCCUUGGAGAAGGCUAGACAGAUCCGCGAAGAACGGGAGCUCAAGGAGGAUCUCGAGAUGGUUCAGGAGGGAGCUAAGCGAUGGGGCACCGGGAGCGCAGAUGAGGAUAGUGAUGGUAAUAGGCCUCGCCGUCGAAGGGUGACCCGAGCACGCCAGAGUCUUGCAUUCUUAGAGAAUGAAGGAGAGGAAACUGAGUGA